UGUAUCUAUUAGGCGAUGACCUUAUUUUCUGGGUAUUCAAUAUCCACUUCUGGUAAGUGCUAAAAUAUCAGACCACAGGGUGGUUUUUGAAAUAAUUGCAAAUGCUUAUUUUAAUAUCUGUAUUUGAACAGUAAGACCAAAAUCAGUGCUAUUUUCAGAAUUCCUAGUGGUUCGGGGUAAAUAUUUCAGUGCUGCAAGUUUGAAAACUACUUCCUUAAACUAGAAUAAUCUGGUAGGUAACAACACAGUCAUGUAUUUCUAAAGAAACAGAUUAUGAAAUUUACUUUUUGGAGCUCAUACACAGCAGUUGAAUGCAUGCCUCAUCUGGGAGUUGAAUGGAUGUGGAGGAUUUUUCUUAAUUUUAGAUACAUCCCCAUAAUAAUAUUUGUAUGCUCCAGUAUUCUAGACUAUCCAAGCAGUAUGGAAUGGACAUCUACCUAAAGAAAGAGUUUCUCCAGUACACGGGAUCUGUGAAGGAACGAGGUGUACUUUACCUUCUGACAUCAUUGCCUCAGGAUCAGCAAAGAAAAGGGGUGAUCGUGGCUUCGGACAGUAACUUUUCCAUGGCUGUUGCUUACCACGCCUCAGAGCUCCGUAUCCCAGUGUUUGUCAUCAUGUCAACCAGCACGUCCCCGGCCAGAGUGAGAAUGUGCCGCGAGUACGGGGCCAUGGUCAUAUCCUACGGCACUACGGCUAAGGAUUCCCAGACCCACGCAAGAAGGCUGGCACAGGAGAACGGAUACCUCUACCUCGAAGAGGAGGACAGUGCUGUCUACCUGUCGGGGCUGGGAACCGUGGGGCUGGAGGUCUACGAGCAGGUGCCAAAGCUGGACGCGGUGAUUUUCCCUGCAGGAGGCCACUGUGGCUUGCUGGCAGGGUCGGCUGCUGCACUCAAGCAUCUCAACCCACACAUUUCUGUAAUUGGCGUUGAAUCUGAAAGUUUCCCUGUAUUGCAACAGUCCUUAAAGGCUGGCCACCCAAUUGAAGACCAGGCUUGCAGCAAUCAUCACUUCUAUGGAGAUGUGAGCGGACUUUGCUUUGGCAGCAACUCUUUGCAGCUGACUGGGAAACUUGUGGAUAAAGUUGUUGCUGUGAGAGAGGAGGACAUCCUCGUUUCCAUGCUGAGAUUGCUGGAAUAUGAGCGAGCCACAGUCGAUGCAGAAGGGGCCAUUGGACUCGCAGCGUUGGUUGCGGGGAAGCUGCCCGAGUUGAAGGGUAAAAGAGUGGCAAUUGUUAUAUGCAGUGGGAACUUGGAGUUACAUUUGCUGCAGCAGUGCAUAGCUCGUGCCCUGACCCUCGAUAACAGGGUGUGCAGGUUCUCCCUGGUGCUUUCUGACUGCCCAGGAGACAUUUCAAAGCUUCUGGAGAUUUUGGCUCGGGAAGAAGCAAGAGUUUUGGAUAUCAAACAAGAACGUACAUUUGUGACAUCGGAGCUCUUCACUGUCGAGGUCACCUGCACCUUGGAGACCAGAGACAAGAUCCACACGGCCCAGCUGAAGAACGCGCUCUUGGAACGCUACCCCACAGCUGCCUGGACCGAGCGGUGAUGGGCACAGCACGGGGGCAAGGGCCGAGGUCCUCUGAUGAGUAUUUUACAGAGCCCUAAUCUUGAGGCAUUCAGAACAAAUAUCGUCUUUCAAAGCUGAACAGUUAGCGAAUAGUUUCAGGAUAUUUAUUUCCUGCUCAAAAUGUAGUGAAUGUCCUUGGGAAUAAAGUUAAACUCCAAACUUUAGCUUAGCUAAGGGAAACUUCUAGUCUCUGCUGGUGUUGGAAUUCAAUGAUUCAUUAUCAGCUGGCAGUCUGGAUUUUGGCUAGUGUGUAGGAUCCGAAUGGCAUUCAGUUAAUAAACGCAAAGAAGGCAUGUUUGCUUUACAUCUGAAUAGAGACCUCUCAAAGGUCUUUUGAUUCUGAUGCCCUUAGUUAAAGUAAUGCAGCUCCUUCUGCUGGAGCUCCAUACUGCUAAUGUAGUAAUUUUUCAUUUCCAAGCCAGAAGAAGUUCUCCAUUUGCUGAAUCUGCUUAGGAGAUAUAUAAACGUGUGUGGGUGUGGGUUUGAACACACUUCUGUUCUGAUCUUUGCUAUCAUGUGAAGAAAAACUAUGCUGAUAAAAUGCAAUCUAAAAAAAACACACAAAAAAAAAAACCUUGGAAGAUAAAAGCCAAUAUUGUACUGGCUUUUUUGUUGUUGUUGUUGUUGUUUUUCUCCAAGGGAAAAGGAUGCUAUUUAUAAAGUUCCAAAAGAUUUUAUGGUAAUAAAAAAAUCAAACACAUGCUGAAUGUGAUUAGACCUCGUAUACAGAACACAAAUGUAACUCUUUCCUCAGCAUAAAAAGUAGCAUAUAAAAUGGCUUGUGUUUCUUUAUAAAAAGGGGUCUCUCUACCCAUGUGAAUUUUGUAAUUAGCAUUCCACUGAUCAUCUUAGUCUGCCUAAAACAGACUCUAUCCAUCUCACCUGACAGAUUAAGUUCACUGUUAAGAGUGAAAUAUAUUUAAAGACCGCAUGUUAAUAGCCCAAGGCAGUGCUAGGAAAAGAGGAAGCCUAAGUCUUAGGCACAUGGCUAAUGCAAUUAACAAAGAACACAUUGACCUAAAUACCAUUUUCAUCACUACAGACAGAGACCAACUAAUACAGUAACAGAGUGGGGUGGCAAAAAAUAGAAGAGAAAUUCAGGCCCACUUCUGAGCGUGUGUACAACAGUCACCUUUCCACAUGGGCAAAAUUCAAUUUAAGGCCACCUGCAACAGAGCCAAUAUAUGCCAUUCCACUUGGCCAAAUUUAAUCAGGCUCAACUCAAAUUUUGGGUGUAGGUAGUUUAAUGAGAGGUCUUAAUCCUGCCUCUAGCAUAUCAAGUUAAUAAUUAGUAGGUAAAAUAAAUAUGAUGUAGUUAGCAGUGCCCUAGCAGAGCCCAGAUGAAAAUCCAGCAGGAUCAGAGCGAGCAUCUCCAGAGGCUGCGUGGGAUCAAAUCAUUCCAGUUCCCACAUGCAGAGCUGGGUGCGGUGUUGCUUCGUGUCCAUGAAAACCAACUUUUACUAUAGUUUUUUGGGGAGAAAGAUGCCGCAAGCCCAUAGUGAUGCUCCUUUGUUGUCAUAUUAUGGUUUAUAAAUUGAGCUUCCACCUUUAGUCCUCCCCUGCAGUAAGGCAUGUGCUUGCUGGUACAUUUCCUUUCCUGGCUCUGCAGUGGGAAACUUUUGUCUCUAAAGCACAAUCAACAAGUCUCAUGUGGAAGAGGAGAUGUCCUGAGGCAGACAAAAGCUUUCCCUGCUCCCUCUUAACUCUAGUCCAUCUGCAGGCUGGGAAGGGCAUCAUCCAGAGAGUUAGAGCAACCUAAACAGAAGGUCCCCAUGGACUGAAAAUAAUGAACUGCAUAUCAAAUCUUAGACAGAUCUCAUCUGUAUUGUAUCUACUACUUAUGGCUAUCCAGCUAUAUCUAUAACUUAACUUGUGCCUGAAAGGUGGGACAAAGAGGGCAGCGUUCUGUCUGUCUCUGCAGUAUUUUUUUUUUUACAAAUCAUCUGCUCCUUUUUACUGUGGCUCAUGAAGGAGCAGGACUAGAGAAGAGACUCUCACGGAUGGUGGACAAAUAACAGAAGUUCAUUAAUUUGGUCUGUUUUUUGGAGGACCAUGUUGGUUUGCACACAGAAGGAAAAACUGUUGAUGUCCUAAUGGUUAGUUUCUUUCCCUUCUUGUCAUCCACUGGAUGGACACUGGGCUUGGUCUCCAGAACAUGUCCUGUAAAUCACAGUCUGUCAGACACAAGUCCUUUCUUCACAGUCAGAAGAGUUUAAGAAAUCUGUCUAGAAAUACGUGAUGACAGACUACAUAUUGUGUAUGUGUUACUUCCAUUGAAACAAGCGAUGAACCACAUCAUCAAAGAGCAGAUCUGGAGACACAAAACCACUAUAAAUAAGGGUCUAAUUAUCCCCUCAUAUUUCUUGGCAAAAGUCUCAGAAGAAAAUGGGACUCUAUAACCAAAGUUCUCAGUAGUGACCAACAGCUUCUGCUGUCCGAGUCCUUGGUUUAUCACUUUGCAUUAUCCUGGACUUUAUUUUUCUGGAAGCUCAGAGCAUUAACAACUUCUUUCCUAAUCAGUGGUUAGCGAUUCUCCACAAAACUGGGGCAAGAGAGGUAGCAAAUAGAGCAACCAAAAAUCAAUGCACUCAAAUUCACUGUAUGAUUUUUGAAAAUGUGUUUUAAGGGAAAAAAGUAAAAAAAAAAAGGAAAGUGUUAUCUAGAAGUUACUUAAAAUAUCAAACAUGGUUUUAUUUUUAUUUUGUUAAGUAUAAACAUAAGUUGUAAAUCACUCUUCAGUGGUAAGCACUUUACAUGUGAAAAUAAUGAUACCAGAGUUGAUUUCCAUUCUAUAUUGCUUUUGUGCAAGUCCAUUGGCUUUAAAAACAGGAUGAAAUACUUCCAAGGGAAAAGAAAAAAUCAAAAUUCAACAUUUAAAUGAAUGUAUGUAUUUGGAAAGAAUACUGAAAAAUCUGUGCUGCUAACUUUUUUGCGUUAUGAAAUAUAAUGGGACUGCGGCAUUUCAAAGAUCUAAUAAUGUGUUUUUAAAUGUUUCAUUUAAAAAUGUAUUUUUAUAUAGAGUGUUCUCACAUACCUUGAAAAAAAUAACUGAUUAUGUAAAAAUUUCACAAAUUCUUAAAUCAGCAAAAUGUAAAUCUAAGCACUGUAUUUAUCUGAAAAAUAAUUAAAAUUAUGCUAUGCCACCUCA